AUGACCCAGGAGGGUUCGAGGUCAUUAUGUAUUUCCUUACUUAGCGACGAGGAAGAGGCGUUUGUACCUCGCGUCAAGACCGAAGAUGUCAGGAAUUCGCCAAGUUCAUCUUACCCGCAGAGAACUGUAGAAUUUGGAAACAAUGCAGAUGACGGGUUUCUCGAUCUGAACGAUCCCGACGUUUGGGACCCUCUCAUAAUAAAUCCUGAGAAAAUGGACCAUGGUGAAGAGACUGACUAUCUGGCUGAAUCCUUCGAACCUGUCGAGACCCCACCACAACAGCACCCCGAUAUGUCCAAGAGUCACUGGCCACCAAUCACCACGACUACCAAGAAGGCUAUUUACGAACGAAUCAACCUCUACCGCCCGCACAAUAUUCGAUCCGUGCUGCCCAGGCGCAGGCAAGUUAUUUGCAGGCCAACUUCGUUGCCGUUGGAUUUUGGCGCACAUUUAUCACGUCUGAAACUACGAGCUUCUUUCAAGGAAGCACCUGGUUCCAUUAACAGAAUCGAUCAAAAGGGUGGGUGGACUAUCAUUGCCAGCGCCUGUGUUGGGGGCAACUUUGACGAUGUGUACGAUGAAUACAACAGGCCAGGUUCCUUGAUGACCUGGCGCAAUGGAUUUCAGAUACUUCCUGGCCAUCAGACAAGGGUGGAAAAAACAAGGGGAGGGGUAGGAUUGGGACAUGUCGCAAAGCAAAACACUGUCAACGACGUCAAAUUUGACCCUCUGAGUUCAUCAUUCGUGUCAUCGGGUACGGACCACAUUGUGCAAGUAUGGAACCUUCAAGACGAAUGCUACGGGAAGGGGGUAAAAUUGGGCCAAUACCAAAGCACUCCUUACGAUAUCGUAUUCAAACCGGGGACAUCGACUCUUGCCAUUGGAGAGAGAAAGCUCUUCGUUUUCCUCCUUGAGGGGGAAACAUCCAUCUCCGUUGGGUCGUCACUUCACCCACUCCCACCAGUUGCCGCCUUCGAACUUUCUCCUCCGGGCAUAGAUAGUAAUGUGGGUGCUAUGGUCUGGGGAUCAGGGCCGACAGAAAGGUGUUUGUUUGCCUCUUCGGAGCCAAUCGAUACCAAUGAAUUUGUUGGAUGCCACCGCAUAUUUGAUGUGGAGCGAAAUACUUCUGCUAUCAUUAACGCAAAAGAAGCUGGAGAUGCUCUUUGCAUAGAUCCUUUUGGUAAAAACCUGUUUCUUGCUACUCGUGGAUCGAUUGGAAGAAACAUUUUACGCCGCUACGACGUUCGCACCGGUACCGCUGACAAAACUGCACAAUUUGACCUUGACCAAUUUCCGUCAAAUAUCGAAGGCGAAAUCAACGAUUCGACUUGUAGCCCUGAUGGAAUCUACCUUGCAUUGGCAAGAAACGACAACCACGUACAUGUUUAUGAUUGUCGCAUGUUCCGGAGUACAAGGAAUGUGCUAUUUGAUUAUUCGCAUGACUCCCCGUCCCAUGUUGCUCCAGGAUCCCACUCAUAUGGCAUUGUGAAAGCGCAGUGGGUCACAUCUAUAUCAGGGAGAUUGGGGCUCGUCAGUGGUGGAGCUGACGGUUGUGUGCGACUUUGGGAUCCUCUUCGAGCCGCAGAGAGCAAGAAAAAUGGCAUUGUUUUAGCCGAGGUUAACUCAGAUGUUGCCCAUUUCUCCUUGGGAGACCAUUUCAAAGGGGAACACCAGCUCAUUGUUGGGGAUUGCGGAGGAGAAGUUUCAAUAUUUGACAGAGUGUGGUAA